AUGGCCCUUCCAAUUAGUAGUCCAUCACCAAAGGUGGACCGCUUCCAGCAGGCGAUGGAAUCAGUCUACGGCAGAUUCUGGAACAUCAGAGACCCGGAGACCUGGUCCCCGCCACAGCGAUCCGGCGGCCACCGCGGCCGAUAUCUAUGGACAGACGCGUUCGGGGUGGUCAAUCUAUUGACAAUGCACAAAGAAUAUACAAUCGCAGGUGGAGGCUGUGAGGAUACACGAUACCUCUCACUAGCCCGCCGACUCAUUGAAACCGUCCACGACGUAUUGGGUCGCACAAGAGACGGUCGUUCACGACUACCAGGGGCAACGGACAGCCAUCCCCUUGGAGGAGGAUUACGAAUCGGAAAAACCGACGCGCAUGGACCAGACUGCGACGGCCAAUACCAUCAUUACUUGACCAUAUGGAUGUUUGCACUGAACCGUAUGGCAAUGGCAUCGGGCGACAUGGACUACAAUCGCCAGGCCGUCGAGCUUGCACGUGCCAUUCAUCCCAAGUUCUUUGUUGAUCGUUCUGCAGCACGGCCGCGAAUGAUCUGGAAGAUGGCUACAGACCUAUCCGCUCCGCUGGUUACAUCUGAGGGCAACUUGGAUCCGAUCGAUGGCUUUGUCGUGUUCCGGCUACUUCAAGCAACUGCUCUGGAGGCGGGUGACGGGGAAGUAUUGACCGAAGAGAUAGGAGAUUACAGACGGGUCAUGGAUCGGAAGGGAGAGCAUUUCGUUUCGAGUGACCCGCUGGAUCUGGGCAUGACGUUGUGGACGGCGCAUUGGUUUUCCGACCGGGAAACUUGGGCUUCGAACCUUGCGACGAGAUGCUUUGAGCACAUAUACAAUCUUUUCGAGAUAGAUCAAUAUCUCAGCCGAAAUAUCAAGUUCCGCUUGGCCUUCCGCGAAUUCGGCACCUCGCUGGGUCUUCAAUGUCAGGCGGUACAGACCACGGAGAAGGAGCUAGCAGUUGAUCUCAAAAAUUGGGCUGAUUCUAUUAUCGCGGCGUGGGACCCAUACUUGGAACUUUCCAUUUCCGAAGACCUGACGCCAGAGGACAUGCGACCCAUUACGCGUGUGAUGUAUUCAUCCGCGUUGAUUCCAGGUGCUUUCUGCGCGGGAUACUUGGGCCCGGAGCCUGAACCUAUGGCGCAAAGAUGA